AAGAAGGCUAAAGAUAUAACGGCCAUACAGUUAUUGGCCAAUCGAACAAUCAGCCAUGCAUUCACCCGUUCUACAAAAGAUAACUGAUUGACUGGCUGGCCGUUUAAUGAUGAAUUGUACGGUUAAGAUAAACGCUAUGAUUAAAGUCAAUCAUCGUCAGCGUAAAUGGGUUCGCAACCAACACUUUAUUGACUCAAGUUUUAGUUUAAACGAAGAUGCUGACCAGAAAUCAUUAGAAACGCGCAACAUCGAUGUGGCAAUAGUUGAUUGUGUUAACGCAGAUGAAGCAUUAAAACGUAAAAAUCUUAGAGAUGCAGACAUCCACUCGCGCAUAUGUAUUAAAAAAUUAUUUACCCAAUAAACGCUUUGAACUAUAUAUGAGAGGAAUAAAAAGAGAAAAAUCUAUCGUAUGUGAGAUAAUUGUGCAACAUUGUAAAAACGAGUAUAAGAAAAACCCAGAAAAAGAAAAUCAAAGCAAAAAAUCAAGAAAUUUUUCUAUUCCGUAAACAGUAGAAAAAGACUCAUCACCAAGUAUUAUGAAAAAGUAAAGUAGCACGCAAAGUUGUUUAUACAAAAUUUUAGCCGUUAAAUCGUAGUGAAGAAGAAGUGAUAAUAUGAACUCAUCAUCAGUGAUACAAAUACAGAUGUUGUCGUUUUUGUUGUCGUUAUUAUUUUCACGAUUGAUUUUAUUAAAUGCUGUUACUGUUCCUAUGCCGCAUACCUUGCUAUUACCGCAAGGUUUUGAUCCGCCAGCUGCUCCCCGUCAACGAAUGCAUUAUCCUGUCUCUGUAUCGACGGAAAUAUUGCCAAAGCUAUUGAAAAUACCGACAGAAACUCCCGAUUGGCAGCCUUUAACGGUACCCUUAAGAAAUUUAAAGCUUCCCCUAGCAUCCGCUUGGAGUACGUAUGCACCUACGACGCCCCUUAAUGGGCAAAAUAAAGAUAUACCAUUGACGAAUCUUUCUGUCAAUGAAAAUCCCGUCUUUGAAUCAAUUGUUUACGGCGCCUGGAAAUCGAAUCCUCCAUUUAAAAUGUUCAACUCCUCCGAAAUGUUGGAUGACAAAUUCUACCACAGGACAAUUAAUCGCCAAAAUGGUGGAUUCAUUGGCCACUUCAUCCACAAACUUGCAAAGAGUGAAAAGCAAAAUAUCCUCAAACCUAUUUACUAUGAGCGUUCAGCUGAACACAAAUCACCCAAAUUGACGGAGAAAAGUGAAAAACAACAACCAAUAGAACAAAAGCAAUGGCUAACGAAAAAACCUGGACGUUAUAAAAUACGGCCGACAAUUGAACGACGUACUAUCAGAGACGAUCAAGAGAUCCCUGUUACCGAAAUUAUCUAUUCAUUGAAAAAUGAUACCGUCCAUACAACGGAAGUUAUUCCAUCGACUCAAAAUAAACCUCACGAAACCACAAUAAAAAUGACAACAACAACAAAUAUACCAACACCUGAGAUCGAAUUGACAACAUUAUCUGAAAAAAAAAUCGCAAGGACUACAAACUCUUCAAUCUUAGAUUGGCCUAAAGAUUUUAUGGAUACGUUAUUGCUCUCUACAACGCAGAAUUUAUCAAAUGAUACCUUUUCCACAGAAGAUUAUAAUAUGGUGUUACGAAAGUCUUCAGAAUCGCCCUUAGCCUUAAGCGCUCUAAAUAUUCCGCCCUCACUUUGGCCACAAUUGCCGGGCAAUAUAACCAAAUUGGGAAAACCUUAUGAAAGUAGAAGUUCAUCUGAAGAACCAGCUCUUUGUGUGCCUAUAACAAUUAAUGAACCCAGCAUUUCUAAUCCGCAUAAAUUGAUCAGUGUGGAAAGAGUCUAUUGCUUUCCUCUACCUAACACCACAAACAAAAUAGACGAUUUCGUUACAAAGAAUCAUAUGACAAGCGGCAUAAGAUUACAUUGGAAUAUAAGAGAAUUGCGAACAAUUCUAACAUUUGUGAUCGUGGGUAAAAUUUUCAUUUUAUAA